GAAGGCUGGCAAAUCCCAUCUCCGCAGCCAAAAGAUUUCUCACAAGUACCAUAAUUCACAAGUAUCCGUCUUUCCCGAGCCUUUGAAUCCCCCCCCUCUCCGUUCUGUCCAGGCACACGAAGCCCACGUCACUAUCAUAAUAGUAUCUCUGUUCGAACAAUCAUCAACAUGAACGGCACGACCAAGUCAAACGCGGCGCGCUUCGAUCCCAACUUCACUCAACAUGUCAUCGACGCCAUGGGUCCCAAGACUUCUCCGCGAAUGCGCGAGGUCAUGACGAGUUUGACCAGACAUCUACACGACUUUGCCCGGGAGGUCGAGUUGACGGUGGACGAGUGGAUGGAGGGUGUGCAGUUGAUGAAUUGGGCUGGCCAGAUGAGCAACGAGAAGCGAAAUGAAGGUCAACUGGUGUGCGAUGUCGUGGGUUUAGAAUCCCUCGUGGACGAAAUCACAUACAAAAAGGCUUCCGAGGCCACCGACGUGGCCACCCAGAGUGCCAUUCUCGGACCAUUCUUCAGACAUGACCACCCCAUCCGGGAGAAGGGGGCCACGAUUUCAUUCAACACCCCCAAAGAUGCCACCGUCGUAUACAUGUACGGUAAAGUGAUGGAUGCGAAGACAAAGAAACCUUUGGCCAACGCCACGAUUGAUGUCUGGGAAGCCUCCACAAACGGUCUGUACGAACAACAAGACGACAAUCAAGUCGACAGCAACCUCCGUGGGAAGUUCGUCACCGAUGAGAACGGCGAAUAUGCGUUUUAUUGUCUGCGACCGACCCCAUAUCCUAUCCCCUACGACGGACCAGCCGGCAAGUUGUUGCAAUUGCUAGACAGGCACCCGUACCGUCCAGCACAUAUUCAUCUGAUUGUCCUCAUCCAAGGAUACAAACCCAUCACGACUCAAAUCUUCGACAAGGACAGCAAAUACCUCGACGACGAUUCGGUGUUUGCCGUCAAGGAUUCUUUGAUUGUGGAAUUUGUCCCUCGAAAGGGUGACUCUCAGGCCAAUUUUGAAUUGAAGUAUGACAUUUUGAUGGCGCCCAUUGACUCCAAGGGAGAAUCUGGACCGGAAAAUGGACUGUCGACCGUGGGACAACCACAGUACUGAGUGCUUGGUUGAAGG